AAAUUUACUUUAGUCGCAAUGAGCAAAACGUUGUUGAACAGAUACUCCACGAAGAUAUCAAUAACAAGGCACCAAACCGCAUUCGACGACAUCCUCUGUGGGAACGGAGCGCUGUGCGUUUUUACUCACGUGAUCAGCAGCCACAUUAGUGUAUUUAAGGAAAAAAGGAGUGUCAACGCAAAAUUAGUUCAAGCUCAACAGGAUUGGGUUGCUACACCAGUCAUUAACGUUUUUCAGUUUUUUGGCCAACGUGUUGACAUGUAAAAAUUCUCUACUCUGCUGUAAAAUAUGUUAAGUGAAUAUGAAAAGGAAAAAAUGUUAAAUUGUUAAAUAUCGUUUCACAGGUUCACCAGGAUAAUGAAUGCCCUCUCUUUCCCGUCCAUUGUCCACAGAAAUGUGGAGAAGAAGAGAUGCCUAGACAACAGGUAGUAGUUUAUGAAAACGCGUGAAGUUGCUACAUGUAUCUAGUUGCGGAUCCAGGGGGGGGGGUUCACACACCUGAAAAGCACUAUUACGCCCAUAACCGACGGUUUUUAGACAUUGCCGUUUUUUUACUCCUAUGCGACCUUCGACAUCAAAACCGCUUAAAAACAGGUUUCAGUCUCUCAUGGGAUGCAUUCAUAUAUAUAAGGUGCAGCCCAUCUGAUAGAGAGAUUAAGAGUCACGUUUACGGCAAACGACAAACCUCAGAUUUAAGUUGAGAAUUUCUCAGAAUAGAAAAUAAGCACAUAAAAACUGUCCAGAACAAUUCUUUUGGAUAAAACGGGCGUGAAACUACUUAUUUUUUAGCAGAAAUGAUAAACAGUAAACGACAAUUAAGGAAAAACUUUGUCACGUGGUACAAAUUCACGUUUGCCUUUUGGCGUAAACGUGAAUCUUAAUCUCUCUACUGUCGCAGUUUGAACCGUUAGACUUCUUGCGACUCCUUAGUGAAUUUAGAGGGACCGGAAUACUACCUAACUUUUAUCUCUAAAUCACUUAUACGAGCUUUGAACUGCAGAUUGACGCUCAUUUAAGAAACCACUGCCCGUUGACGAAGAUACCCUGCCCGUUCCAAAUUUGUGGAUGCUCUGUCCAGGUAAGUAAGAAAAAUUUAGAAUGGACACAUUUUUUAUUUGUUCCAUACGUUUGUAUUUAUAAAGAGCAGUUUUGAGUGAGUGUUGGUCCCGGUUUAGUAUUAAGGAGAAUGCAACUCUCUUUUUAAUUUCCGACCAGCCUUUUGUAAAGUAGAAGUUAAGGACCCGUCCACAAGUAUUCGUAUUCUUUAAUCCGCAAAUUUUUUUCUUUGCCAAUCGACAUUCCGUCUUCGCAUAGUUGAUGAAACGAUCACCGACGACGCAUUAAAAAAAAAGCCACUGGUUUCCCCUAUUGAUGAAAGCGGAAAUUUUUUUACCAGGAUGACGUCACAGUAGCUAGUCACACACGAAAUAUAUUGAAAUAAAUUUUCAGCCGUAUACCUCAAAAGUAGCGAUUACAACGGCCGCCGAAAGUUGGAGGCAUUUGUAUGAGAAAUACUUCUUUUGCCAUUCAGUCACGCUUGCAUGGUUUUUCAUACAAAUCCUUGUAAUUUUGAAAUUUUCAAAACUGUCAUGAAAUAUUUCCUUAAGCAUUACUUCAGGGCUCAAAUCUCCUUUUAAUUCAUAACAGGCAAUUUGAGCCCUUAAAUCCGUAAGGGAAAGAUUUAACGACAGUUUAAAAAUUUUAGAAUUUACGAGGAUUUGUAUGGAAAUCCAUGCAAGCUUGACUGGGUGGCGAAAUUUUGCUCUUUCAGCUUGUGCUAACAAAACUUUUCAGAAGUGAACUGUUUUCGUUUUUACCGAAAGUUGAUCACUGCUCACGCUCUAAACAGUUUUGGAUUGAAUUUGAACUAUAUUGGUGCCUUAUUUCGAAUCAACGAAUUCGUCUCUGCUUGGAAAAUGUGCUCUUUGGAAUUUUGAUGGAAAAUGCUUGCCCUUUACUUCAAUUGCUGAACUAUUUUAUAAUUAUUGGAAAACUCUAUUAGUGGGACUGCAGGAGCAAACAAAUCCUUCCAAACACUUAUGGAUUUAGAGCCAAGAUCAUCGCUAAAUAUGAAACAGAAGAAAAAAUCAGCAACAAAGAAUUCUUUAAAAGAAAGUGGAUACUGUCGCCUUAUUUAAGUUAACUGUAUUAACUCCGUAUUAUUUCAUUGCCCUGUUGGACUUUUUUAUAAUUUCUUUUAGCCCUGUAACACCUCCGAUAAUAAUUUGACAAUUUUUUUUGCUUUACUCUGUUAAUGUCUGUUGUUAAAGUGUUUUUUUGUUUUGUAAAUGUAAUUAUUUAAUGUGAUUAUCAAUAAACAUAUUUAAAAAAAAAAAAAAGAAAGUUGAUCACGUGAUCACAGUUAUGCAAAGAGCCUGUUGUGGCCCAAGAGUUGCUAUGAAUUGGCCGUACAAAGGCUACCUAAUAUAAGUGUUUAUUAUUGUUUUCAUGCAGGAACAUCGGGGUAAGAUGAGCAUGCAUUGUCAAAAAAACAGCACUGGGCACCUGUACAAUGCAUGUCGCCAACUUCAUGCGUUAAAACAAAAAGUAAGUGAUUAUGGGAUUCUACAGCAACGCGUAGGAAGAUUGGAAGAGGAAAAGGUGUCUAUGAAACAUUCUUUGGACAUGUGCAAUCAAGAGAUUCGGGGAUUGAGAGCGACAGAAAGAGAGCAGAGGAAAAAACUUUCACAAAUGGAACAUCAAUUGGCAGAGUUAUCCAAAGAGAACAAGAAAACUCAGUUGCUUGUUGAAGAAAUGAAGGGCACAUUUCAAGCUAUCGGAAAUGCCUUUGGCUUGAGCAAUGGGAAAGGACAAAGUAAAAAGGCAGAAGUUAAAAAGAGAAAGGUUGAAGAUAAGGUAAUAUAAACUUUCAUUACUUUUUUUUGUUUUUACUAAUCGUGUAGUAAUAAGGAAGCUAGCUCAGUCAAAGGACUUGAACCGACACAAUGCCGCGUUGAAGAUACUUUUCUUCGAAAUAAUAUGUUACGACCUUACAUUGGUGGACUAUGUUCCCCCAAUGGGACACGCCAGUAACACUUAAACCAAUGUACGAGACAACUGAUGCGCAUUCCUAUUAGGAUGUGCCGGUUUACUUUGACCAUACCUGUGUCGAGGCUAACAGAGUGGAUGCACGGUUUUUGGACCAUAAGGGAAAGAGGGUCUGGGCAGUAGAGAUAGAUGAGUUGUCCGUGUGUGGAGAAUCGCCGGAAGAAGGAGAGGAGAGACAGCCAUGUACGGUCCCCUGCGAUGAGAGUUAAGGAAGCAAUCGCUAAACACAGCACGUACUUUCAAGGCAACUGUUGUUUAACUGUUAAACUGAUCUUAUAGUAAGGACGUAUUAGGACCAUGUUUCGAUGGGAUAGCAGAAGUGACAUUUUAAGUGCUUUUUAAGGAUUAGUCUAGAUUCGAAAAAUUUAUUACCGUUAUAUUUCUUAGUUGUUUUUUUAUUAUCUUCACUUUUAUCUUUCUGCAUUAUUAUAAAGUUUUUAAAUGUAACAUUCCAUAAGGGUGGUCGUUUUCUACAGUAGUUAAGUUCCUUUAAGGCCACAUAUAGGCUACGCUGACGCUGUGCGCCUUACGCGCGUGGUUAACAGUUUCCUUUCUUACGUCUUAUACUGCAUAAUAAUAAUAAUAAUAAUAAUAAUAAUAUGAUGAUGAUGAUGAUGAUGACGACAACGACGAUGACGACGACGACGACUCAUUAAUUGUAUCAGGCUAAAACAACUUCCACUUCUGAUUCUACAGGGUUUUUUGGACCUGAGGAAGAAGAGCAGGCUCGAAGCUUGGGGUUCCUCUGACUCCUCCGACUCCGACUCCUCCUCUGAAGCGAUGUAUUAAAAUUGUAAAUGGUUGGUAGCCUUGUUAACCUGACUAGUGUGGGGUAAGGCCUGGGGUAAGGGCAAGUAAUGAAAAUAGGGCGAAAAACAUCUGUACUAUUAGGUAUCGCUAGUCUAAAUGUGAUGAAGAGUUGUUGCACUUUUUUAUGACAAUGUGAGUUUUUCCAAAAUAAAAUAAACGUCGUGUCAGGUGAUUUAUUAAUUAAAUUGGAACUUGAGGAAGAAACGUUAGCUCUCUUUGAUAAAAUGUGAUGUCAACAAUUAGCCAGUUGAAAUAUAGGAACUCUAUGGUUUGUUAUUCUACAUUUAUGAAAGUUUACUAAAGAAAUGUAAUUGUAAUGUUCUUACGACACAUGUGUGGUCAUCAUUAUUUUUUGAAGAGUUAAUGUUUUCGGUGUAGGCAAUAUUUUUAGACGCUUUUGUUAGAUAUAGCCGAUAUUGUAUUACAAUUUUUUGAAGCCGUAGGAACAUUUUAUCGUAAUAAAAAAGCUUGCUUGCUUUGAUGUGGAAUGUAUCACUUGAACUGUAACCCAAGGGAUGCCUGUUUAGGUAAAUAAAAGUCUUAGUACAGU